AUGAACGAAAAUAACAACAACAAUAAUAAUAUUGUCCCCAAUAUCAAAAAUAACUAUAAAGACAAUAAUAAUAACAACAAAAUCGGUAAUAACAUUAACAACAAUAACAGCAACGGUAAUUACAUUAACAAUAACAACAAUAACAACAACGACAAUUAUAUCAACAGUAAUAAGAAUAACAAUUGUAAUGACACUAACAACAAUAACAACAACGAUAAUGCCAUUAACAACAACAACGACAUCAAUGACAACAACAGCAAUAAUAAUAAUAAUAACACCAUUAUACUAUAUUAUCGAAAUUUCAUGUCUUCGUCCUACAAAACUGAUGAAAAGAUCAAGAAGAAGAUAAUCCAUAAUAACUCGAACGACAGAACAAAAAUUAAGGAUCUUUUACAAAAACUACAAAAAAUCUAA